AUGGAAGAUAUAGUAACUACAUUGUUGUUUUUCUGCAACGGGAAAAAGGUCGUCGAUCAUCAUGUUGAUCCUGAAAUGACGUUGUUGGUGUAUCUACGCACAAAGUUGCGUUUGACUGGCAGUAAGCUAGGAUGCGGGGAAGGAGGUUGUGGGGCAUGUACCGUCAUGGUGUCCAAGUACUCACCCAAAGACAAAACUAUCAGCCAUCUUGCUGUGAAUGCUUGCCUCACCCCCAUCUGUUCCGUGCACGGGAUGGCAGUCACAACCGUGGAAGGCGUUGGUAGCACCACCACCAGACUCCAUCCAGUACAGGAGCGCCUUGCCAAAGCCCACGGCUCACAGUGUGGUUUCUGCACUCCCGGUAUGGUGAUGUCUAUGUACACCCUGCUAAGGAACCGACCACAGCCUACUAUGGAGGAGAUUGAGAGCACCUUGGAGGGGAAUUUAUGUCGCUGCACGGGGUACAGACCCAUUCUGCAAGGCUACAAGACAUUCACCAAAGUAGGUCUGGAUGAAUGCUGUGGAGGGAAUAACGCUACCUGCUGUAUGAACGGGUCCAGUGAUAUCAAGGAACUCGAGGAAGGGGUAUCAACAACGAUGUUUGACCCAAGCAAGUUCAUUCCCUUAGACCCGUCCCAAGAACCCAUCUUUCCUCCAGAGCUCAUGGUUACUUUGCAAGAAACAUUCUGCAGACCCCUAAGAUUCGUUGGUGGUCGGGUGACUUGGUAUCGCCCCGUUACAAUACAACAGCUGCUGGAACUGAAGACUAUCAAUCCUCAAGCAAAGAUAGUUGCUGGCAACUCGGAAGUUGGUGUUGAAGUGAAGUUUAAGAACCAAUGCUACCCAGUUCUCAUCGAUGUCAAUCACAUCCCUGAACUGAUAAGUGUCGAAGUGACCCAAUCUGGAAUCAGAAUCGGUGCCGCUGUGUCGCUUACGAGAGUCAGUGACUACUUAAAGGAACUGAUACAAAAAGAGUCAGAACAUAAAACGCGCGUCUUUGCCGCCAUUGUUGAGAUGUUGCGGUGGUUUGCCGGACAACAAAUCAGAAAUGUUGCGUGCAUCGGUGGUAACGUAGCAACAGGAAGUCCAAUUUCUGACCUGAAUCCACUCCUCAUGACAGCUGCUUGCACUAUUGAACUUGUUUCAAAAUCAGGUCAACGCACAGUGACAAUGGACGGCAAUUUCUUCACUGGAUACAGGAAAAAUGUUAUUGGGGCUGAGGAAGUCAUCUUGGCUAUCAAUGUGCCAUUUACAUCGGAGCAUGAAUAUUUCUACGGGUACAAGCAAGCCCAACGUCGUGAGGAUGAUAUCGCCAUCGUCAAUGCUGGCAUGAGGGUGGUCUUCAAGCCUGGUACUGAUAAAGUGCAGGAUUGCACGCUGGCCUAUGGUGGUAUGGCGCCAACAACUGUCCUGGCUACAAAGACAAUGAACGCCAUUAAAGGAAGAUCUUGGAGUGAAGGCUUAGUGGAUGCCAUGACUCCACUACUGGUCGAGGAUCUACCGCUGCCACCCGGCUCUCCAGGCGGUAUGGAGCCUUACAGACAGUCGCUCACCCUUAGCUUCUUCUUCAAGUUCUACUUGGCCGUCCUAGAGCAGAUUAAACUUAGUCAGCCGGGCUUGAGUGGUUCAGACAUUCCACCAUCCUACAAGUCAGCAAAUCAUCGUUUCCCUAGGAACUCUGCUCGAGGUUUACAACUUUUUCAGGAAGUACCUUCCGGUCAACUAGACGCAGAUCCUGUGGGUCGACCUUUGACCCAUCAUUCCGCCUUCAAACAAGUUACUGGGGAAGCUGUAUUUGUGGAUGAUAUACCACCUACCGAAGGUGAGCAAUACCUCGCGCUAGUCAUGAGUAAGAAGGCGCAUGCAAACAUUUUGUCCGUGGACGCUACGGCAGCUCUUGCACUGGAUGGCGUCCACACGUACGUAAGCGCUGACGACGUUCCGGGAGAUAACUUGGUUGGAACGUCACUGGAGUAUGAUGACGUCCUCUAUGCAGAAGAAAAAGUUAAUUUUGUGGGUCAAGUUAUCGGGGUGAUCGUGGCUGACAAUCAGGCAAUUGCGCAGAGAGCUGCCAAGCUGGUCCAAGUGGAAUAUGAAGAGCUGAGGGCGGUGUUCACCAUAGAGGACGCUAUUGAAGAGAACUCUUUCUUCCCCGGGAACUGGCGCAUUGAGACGGGAGACCUGAGGGAGGGUUUCGAGGGCUCUGAUCACAUCAUCGAAGGGGAGAUAAAAACUGGCGCCCAGGAGCACUUCUACCUGGAGACAUUCACCACCUUGGUCAUCCCAGGAGAAGGAGAGGUAGAGGUUAUCGCAGCUAACCAAUCACCGUCAAGAACGCAGAGACUUGUAGCCGAAGCUUUGGGCAUAGCAAGCCACAAAGUAGUGUCUCGCGUCAAACGCCUCGGCGGUGGGUUUGGAGGCAAGGAAGCCAGGGCAUGUCUCCACGCAGCUAUGUGUGCCGUUGCCGCCAACAAAGUCAGACGUCCUGUUCGAUUGAUGCUCGAUCGGAACGAAGACAUGAUGAUUUCAGGCACACGCCACCCGUACCUAGCCCGCUACAAAGCAGGUGUAACUAGCAAUGGUCAACUGAAGGCGCUCGAGAUCGAUAUGUACUCUAAUGCUGGAAGUACUUACGACUGUUCAGCGAGUGUACUCGAAAGGUCCAUGCAUCACACUGACAACUGCUACAAAUGCCCUAAUGUUAGAGUCACUGGGUAUCUCUGCCGCACGAAUCUGGCAUCUAACACUGGGUUCCGCGGCUUCGGGAACCCGCAGGCCAUGCUGGUAGCAGAGACUAUCAUGUCAGAUAUCGCCUUGAAAUGUGGACUGACUCAGAUCAAAGUCAGGGACAUCAACUUCUACAAGGACGGCGAUGAGACAUUCUACGGCGCAGAGCUGCGGCAGUGGAACCUGGAGAGGUGCUGGGACCAGUGCUUAACCAAGAGCGACUACGAACGCCGCAGACGAGACGUAGACCAAUACAACAGAGAGAAUCGAUGGAGGAAGCGUGGCAUUGCCGUGACACCCACGAAAUUUGGUAUCUCCUUCACAAUUAAGCACUGUAACCAGGCUGGUGCUUUGGUGCAUAUCUACAACGAUGGCUCCGUCCUCGUUUCCCAUGGCGGUACUGAGAUGGGUCAAGGGUUACACACCAAGAUGAUCCAGGUGGCCAGCAGGACGCUUAGGAUUCCUCAAGAGAAGAUCCACAUCAGUGAAACCAGCACAAGCAGUGUGCCAAAUACAUCCUCGACUGCUGCUAGCUUCAGCUCUGAUCUGAACGGCAUGGCGGUCAAGGAGGCUUGCGAAACCCUCCUUCACCGUCUGGAACCGUACAUCCGAGAUGAUCCUAAAGGCUCAUGGGAAGAUUGGGUGGACGCAGCGUACAAAGACCGCGUCAGCCUGUCGUCCACAGGAUUCGGCAAAGCGCGUGAUCUAUAUUUUGACUGGGAGAAAGGGAGGGGUGAUCCUUAUGCCUAUUUUGCAUACGGCGUGGCUGUUUCCGAGGUAGAGAUCGACUGUCUAACUGGGGAUCACCAGGUGCUACGGACCGACAUCGUCAUGGACGUUGGUGAUAGUCUAAACCCAGCAAUCGACAUAGGACAGAUUGAAGGUGGCUUCAUCCAAGGCUACGGCCUGUUUGUCCUGGAAGACUAUCGGGUCAGCCCGUCUGGUCAGCUGCUGACCAUCGGUCCAGGAUUCUACAAGAUCCCGAGCUUUGGUGACAUACCGGCUGAGUUCAAUGUCGGCCUGUUGACUAGGUCGCCUAAUCCAUUUGCGAUUUACUCGUCUAAGGCUGUUGGAGAACCUCCUUUGUUCCUUGCAGCCUCUGUCUUCUUUGCCAUCAAGGAUGCCAUCCAAUCAGCUAGGGAUAAUGCUGGCAUCUCCAGGGCAUUUCGACUGGACAGUCCAGCCACGGCAGAGAGAAUCCGAAUGGCAUGCCAAGACCAAUUCACAAAUCAGAUUCCAGUUCCCGAAGACGGCACAUACACACCGUUUUUUCUUCGCCCUUAGCUUUGAGGUAGUCUCACAUAAUCUGCUGUUAACAAGAGGU